UGUUCAUUGUUCUCCGGUCCUCUUGAUCCCUGUGUUGUUCAUCAGCGUGAGAUAUAUUGCAGGACGCCACAGGAUCUCCAAGGACUAGCACAGUAGGGCAGGAGCACAAGUAGUAGGUGUUGCCUCACGCCAGGAGUGGACGCGCUCUCCACACACAGUAGUCAUCGCGCCUUGCGAGCCAUCUUGCAACGCUCGUAGUAUAUUGAUUAGUGAGCCAUGUGUGCGACGUUCAGGCUGGGGCCGCGCUGCUCCCGUGUUCAUGUUGAGCCUUUUCUCGGCCCCCCAUGGCCCUUCAGCCUCUAGUUCCGUACACCUGGAGGAGGCCGAAUCCCUCCUGGUGGCCGUGAAGUGAGGGACGCGGCCAGGGAGGUGUGUGUGGUGCUGAACCAGAAGGCCAAGUGUUGGGUGUGUCUCGAGUGCCUGGCAGACAGCAUGGUGCCGGGGAGGUCUGCUGCCACCUGCUGACUCGCUCAGAAGGCGCGGUGAGGGCGCGGCAGGAGGUAUGGCGGUGCCCACCAUCGAGGAUGUCCUCAGCAGGGUGGAGACUGGACCCUGGAACUGGACCAUCUUCCUCCUUGGCUCACUAUGGGGAGUGUUCGGGGCCAUGCAGGCUCUGGCCACAGCCUUCCUCAGCCCCGCCGUCGAUCACUGGUGCCAAGUGCCUCACCUCCACAACUGGACCACGCAGCAGGUGUGGAACUUCUCUCUACCCAGGACGAAGGUGGGAGGCGAGACGCACCACUCCCAGUGUGAGAUGUAUGUGCGGAACUACAGCCUGAUGGAAGGCGUGCCCUGGGAGGAGCGGCUCCUUCACCUGCCUGAAGGAGAGCAGGAUGAAUCUACCCUCCCCACCCAGCCUUGCGAUACCUGGGAGUUCGACACGUCUUCCUUCCAGUCCACUCUGAUCUCUGAGUGGGAGCUGGUGUGUGGGAGGGAACACCUACGCUCCCUCAGCCAGAGCAUCUUCAUGGUCGGCUACUUCUUCGGGGCGCCUCUCGGAGGAUACUUCAGUGACAGGUUCGGGCGGAAGAGGCUGAUGAGCGGGGCGCUAUGGGCAUUUAUCGUGGUCUCCGUGCUGGGCUCCGUGGCGCCCUCUUACCCGCUCUUCCUCGUGUGCCGCCUCGUCAUGGCCUUCACUGGCACCAUUGUCUACCAGGCUUCCUACAUACUGGCGGUGGAAGCGAGCAGCAUGCGGCACCGAGGAGUGGUGGGCAUCAUGUUCUCUGUGCCCUUUGCCCUCGGUAACAUGCUGCUGCCAGGCGUCGCCUAUCUAGUGAGGGAUUGGCGUCACCUCCACCUAGCGAUCUCCGUGCCCGUGAUCCUCCUUAUCUCUAACACUAUUAUCCUGCCGGAGUCCCCGCGGUGGCUGCUGCAGAACGGGCGGUGGUCAGAGGCGGAGAGGGUGCUACAGAAAGCGGCGAGGUGGAACAGUAGCAAGACUUUUGACUCCGCGUGGCUCCUCUCCGCCCUCACGCAGAUGAAGGCCCAGGCCGAGCAUCGGGAGUGUAGCCAGGAGAACCCAGUGGGCGGGUCUUCGCUGCGGGACAUGUGGAGCAGUCUGCUGGUGUUCGUGAGGACGCCCGUGUUAAGGAAGAUCUCCCUCAUCCUGUACUUUGUGUGGAUCACCUGCUGCACUGUGUAUUACGGCCUCUCCCUCAGCUCAUCCAACUUCAACGUGGACCCUUUCCUGUAUAUGUUCCUGGGGGGCGUGAUGGAGCUGCCUUCCUACACACUGACGGUGCCUUUCGUCGCUCACUUCGGCAGGAAGAAGGUUCUCAUUGUCUUGAUGGUGACCUGCGGCAUCACCGUGCUGAGCGCCCCAUUCCUGCCUUUAGCUCGUGAAGGGUGGAGCUUCCUGACGGUUGUGAUGGUGAGCAAGUUCAGCAUCACGUCGGCGUACCAAGUGGUGUACCUGUACUCGAGCGAGCUGUUCCCCACCACGUUGCGCACGCGAGGGGUGGGCGUCAGCUCCAUGGUGGGCAGGCUGGGAGCGAUCCUGUCCCCUUUUAUCAACGACGUCUUGGGCAGCCACCACUGGGCCAUCCCCACCACCAUCUUCGGAGGCCUGUCCUUAGCCGCCUCCUUCAUGAUCUGCCUGUUGCCGGAGACCUGCGGACGUGCGCUUCCCAACACAGUAGACGACAUAGAAAACGGCGCCGCUGCCACCCCGAGCGUGGUGGUUGUCUCCGAGGAGGAGAUCCAAGAGGCCGCCGAGCCAAAGGAGGACGAGGCGAUCCUCAGCACAUCGGCGCUGUGAGAGCCACGCCACCACUGCGCGUCGUGGCGCUGUUACCUUCAGUCAUUUCCACGCUGUGAUUCCCGAGUGAUUCCUUACAGUUCAUAGUGUAAUAGCUAAACCAUAGGUACAGUAUUGUAUUACCGAUAAGAUGGUGUUUUCCGCUUCGCGGGUCAGCACACCUGCAUGAACACAUGUAGUAUAUUUUGUAAUUGUUACUAUUCUGUCUGUUGGCAGCCCACCACCAGUCUGCCUGCGAUCUGGACAAAAGGUUCCAGUGCUUCACUCAGGCUUCGUUAUUUUCAGAGUUUUGACAACGCGGUCAUUCAAUAUUAUCAUGUUUCUGGUUCAUCCCAAAUCUUCCAACUUCACGCUUUGAUGUUUCAACAGAACAUCUGUGUCAUGGUUGUUUUGAUUGCAACGAAGCCGUGAUUUUCGUAAGAUAUUGUUACUUCGCGCGCGCACACACACGCACGCACACACACACACACACACACACACACACACACACACACACACACACACACACACACACACAGUAGUGGUGUCAUUAGUUACAAGCACAAGAAGCAAUCCCCAAUGACCCUAAAAAUGCCAUGACAAUAGGACAAUCUUGGCAUCAUUCUUCCUCCCCUUCCCGUUCCUCCUUCCAUCCCUCCCACCCGGACAACUCAGGCUACUUAAAGAAUUCAGUGCUUUAUGCUGAAACGCAUUUUCUACUCAGUAAAAGAGUUUAGAUGUAUAUUUUUCUUUCAUCCUGCGCUGUGACGAUAGAUUUAAGAUACAAUUUUUUCCUCAAUAAAGAAAAAUCUGUGAA